AAAUUGUGGUUAUAACCGGAGGUUCAGGAGGCCUUGGGGGUUUAUUAGCUGACACGCUUGCUGUUAGAAAUGUGACAGUUGUUAUAUUAGAUAUUAAACCUCCAGAAGUUGAAAAUGACAACAUUAUAUAUUAUGAAUGUGAUGUGUCAAAAUUUGAUGAUGUUCAAAGAGUUGCUAAGAUGAUCAUAGAAGAGUAUAAUUUGAUAGUUGUAAUUAAUGAAUUAAUGUAUGGAAUUUAA